AUGGCACAAGAAAAUUAUGAAACCACCGAUGUGGUCAUUUGUGGCUGCGGGCCUACCGGAGCCAUGCUAUCUGCCUAUCUCGGGAGAAUGUCUAUUCCUCACAUUGUUAUAGAAAAGGAACCAGAAAUUACGACUGAUCCCCGUGGUAUUGCGCUGGAUGAGGAUGGAAUUCGGAUGCUUCAGGGGAUUGGAAUUUACGAUCAGAUUUAUUCUGACAUUGGAACGUGCAUGUCCAAGUUCAAGUUUAUCGGAGGAACCGAGAAGAUUCUAGACAAAAAGCCCUUCCUGGAGAUGGACUAUGGAACGACUGAAGGUGGCACAGGACAUGUAGGCUUUAUCUGUCACAAGCAACCGAUACUCGAGAAACACUUGCGAGAUGCGAUGAAGUCCGAAUUUUGUCAAUUGCACACUGGAGCUAGUGUGUUUGAGAUUCGCGAAGAAGGGGACCACGUAUACAGUCAAUAUAAUGAUGCCGAUGGGUUUACCCACGGCAUUCGGUCCCGGUUCCUUGUUGGUGCCGAUGGCAAAACUGGCUUUACUCGAAAGAAUUUCCUCGAGCCGCUUGGUAUUCACAUGGAACAAGCACAUACAGCAUUCUAUGACGAAACUUGGGUAGCACUUAAUUGGGAAAUCAGCCUUCCUAAUGAAAAGACACAUCCCGAUUUUGCACUGUGGAGACUUGGAUAUACCCCUGAGCAAGUCUAUGAUCUAUUCUUCCCAGUAAACUUCCGUUUUGUCUGUAAUCCGGAGCGACCGGCUGUAUGUGGCCGCUUUGGAUUGCCCUCCAACCGUCUAUGGCGGUUUGAGUUUGUUGUGCGCCCCGGGGAAGACGGGGAAGAGAUGUCCAAGCCUGAGAACAUCGAGAAAGUUGUCUUUCCCUAUAUUACACACCCGGGGAGUCGAUACGGAAUUGUGGAAGAUGUUCAAUUUCCAGAGGAUUGCAUCCGUGUCCUUCGUUCACGACCUUUCCGAUUUUCCGCAAGGAGCUGCAACAGAUGGUCUCAUGGGCGAGUAGUCCUUUGUGGUGAUGCUGCACAUGUCUUUCCUCCGUUUGGCGGCCAAGGAAUUGCCUCUGGAUUCCGCGACGCCGUCUCCUUAGCCUGGCGUCUGGUGCUUCUCUGCCGACGACAGACAGUGGCAAUAAACAACCACGAGGAAGUUCUGUCGGGUUGGUACGUCGAGCGAAAACAGCAACUGGAGAGGUCACUGGCAGCAACGAUAAAAAAUGGCGAAUUUGUUACAGAAGGCAAUCCCAUCAAAAUUUUCAUACGCGACUGGUCUUUAUUCUUCAUGCACCUUAUCCCAAGAUGGAGGCGGGAUUUCAGACUUGGAUACCGAAAAGAGGGACUGGUGAAGUAUAAUCAUUCACCAGGCUUGCCUUUUGAUCCCAGCCACAAAGGAGGACUUUGCCUUCCACAGGUGUACUGUAAGCAACUUGGGAGUGAAAAGGUGAUGUUCUCAGACGAUGUGCUCUUUUCGAAAGAAAAGAAAGGUUUAUUCCAACUGUUGGUCUAUCUUGGCUCUGUUGAUGAGUUGGAUGUUGUUCGGCAAUCAGUGUCUCAGAUUGAGGAGAUCUCCAAAGGAGAGAUUCGUUCUACAGAAGUGACAUACCUUAUUGAAGACACAGGCGCAAAAUCAACCGAGGCAACAAGAGACCUAUUAUCGAUCUUCCGGCUAGCUACUGCUGAAGAAUUCGCUCAGUCAUCUUUAUGUCGCGGUCGGCCGGAACCGCAAUACUAUGACCCUCUCUAUCUUGGCAAAGCGCUUGAAGGAAACGGCUUUGUCGUUGUCCGCCCUGACCGGUUUAUAUAUGCCGCAUGUGACAAUAUCGUUGAUUUGGAGAAGGUCAUCCCUAACGCGGUACAAUAUCUCCACGGAUAA